AUGUCGGUGGCGAUCUCGACAAGGAUGGGCUGCAAGGGCUGUCGGCACCUGGGAAAGGAGGGGGUGGGCUUGGAAAUCGUACGGUACACGUAUCAGACCGAGGUCGAGGUCCUGAGAACCGGAAUGGUGGUAAAUGACGUUGUCGCCCUGCAAGCCGACCCCCGGGACGACGUUACAAAAAGGGAAAACAGAGGCACCUCAAAUCUGCAGGGAAAGAAGGCGGAAAAUAUGCUUCAAUUUGGCUUUGCCAACACAGCGGUCACGGUCGGCAUGCUCCAUUUGGAAGGGAAGGUGAAGGAGAUGGUCCCGUCGUCCCAAGGCGAAGAGAGGCAGACCCGGGUCGAUCAAAAGGCCUUUUUCUCCAUCCCAGGCCCGAAGGCCGGGACGGGCCAACAAACUGCCCCGGAGACCCCGGAAGCCUCAGCCUAUCAGUCGAUUGAAGACGAAGAAUCAGGGGCUGAGCUGCCUGUUUGGGCGAGCUGA